UCAUGUGGAAGGCGGCGUUCCUGCCGGUAGUUUGUUACACAGGGGUGAGAGAAACUGCAACAGCUGUUGGAAUUCUGCCAAUAAUUUCUGCCAAUUGGUAUAUUAUUUUAAGGCAAAAUCAGAUCAAGACUUACUCAAGUUUACAUUGUGAUCAUAAAAGUGCUUGCUGCUCUAUGUUUUCCAAACAUAUGCAAACCAGUUUGCCUGGUCAUAUUCAGCCAAUUUGACUAUUAAGCCAUCAUGCAUAUGAGAGAUGUUAGCAGAUUUUUCUUCCAUAUGUUAGUCCAAACUAAUGUGAAUGUGCCUAGGAAUAACUUUCUGCACUUUUAUCAAAACCCAUGGAUACACUAGUAGCAGAGUUUGCUCAAAGUAUAGCACAGUUAAGUCACUCAAUUCCUUUCCUGAGAAAGUUCAGGCACAAGGACCAGCCCUACAUCUUCUAUUGUGAAAACGGAUACAUUCAGUUUCGCCGCAGAUACAUUCAGCUUCACCAUAGUCUCCUUUCACUUAUUUGCCAAACCUCUGGCUUCCUUGUACAAAGGUCCAAACAACCAGUGGGCUGGUCUGCUUCUAAUGUAUUUAAAAAUAAUAAUUUUGUUGGUGUUUUUCUGUUUUUAUCAAUGUGCUCCUCAAAUUAUUUUUCCCCCACCUCCACCCCUUAUUGUCUGCUUUGUAUUUGUCAGAAAUGGUGUUUCUUCUGUUUACUUUUGGAUAAUAUUUCCAUUUUCGAAAGGAAACCUUGGGUGAUAUUCAACGAAGUUACUUGGAAUAGAUCCCCUGAAAUUAAUGAACAUCACUAAGUUAACUUCAUUAAUUUCAGUGAAUCUUCUCUUAGUUAAAAUGCUCAUGAAGCAUGCUGGCAUCCCCUUAGUCCUAAACUGUACUAUUCCUGAUCUGUGGUCUAUGUUUUAGCCAAGAUACUAUUAUUGUGAUUUUGAACAGCCCCAGAAGCGGAUGUAGGGAAGCGUGACUGGUUAGGUCACAGUGGACCUUGGGGGCGCUGCAACUAUGAUAAACAAUGGAAGUUGAGAGGCAGGGUGCCGCUGAAAUUUGAGACCCCAAAGACAGCCCCCAGGCAUUCUAGAAAGAAUUCACCUUCUCUGUCCCUCAAUAUGCAUUUCUCCAAUCACUUUUGAGAACCUUUCAAAGUCAAAGGUGACUGUGAUGGAGGGGUUUGCUUUGUUUUGCAAGUUGUCUAGUUAAGUACAGUGGUACCUCAGGUUAAGUACUUAAUUAGUUCGGGAGGUCCGUUCUUAACCUGAAACUGUUCUUAACCUGAAGCACCACUUUAGCUAAUGGAGCCUCCUGCUGGUGCCGCGCCGCCAGAGCACGAUUUCUGUUCUCAUCCUAAAGCAAAGUUCCUAACCUGAAGCACUAUUUCUGGGUUAGUGGCGUCUAUAACCUGAAGCGUAUGUAACCUGAGAUGUAUGGGUUUUCCCCAUCGGUUCAACAUGUACAUCUUGCAGCAGUGGCAGCAGCAGGUGCUGGGCCUGUUAAUUCCAGGGUCGCUGCCCCUCUGGUUCGUUCCAUGACCAACUAGAGGGCCAUAUAUAAUAUAUACGUUUAUUAUCUAUAUAAGUCGCCCAGAAUGGUCCUGUAUUAGACGACAAAUAAAUUGAACAAUUAAUUCAGAUGCCUCUCCUCCUCUCGCAGCCCGGAAAUUCCACCUUCGGUAGCGCCCGGCAAACCUCACGAGGGCAAUGUGGGUGUUUUAUUAACCGUUGCUUUUUGUGGAGUGGCCGUUAGCGUGUAAACUAGCGGGCUGGCGAGCAAAGAGAAGGAGCGCGAGAGCGACCCGACUGCAACUAACGGCUCCUCCCACCAGGCAAAGCCACGGGGGAAAGGGGGCGGGGCUCAGAAGCGCGCGCGGGGGGGAGGGGUAUGCGUAAUACGCGUGUGGAACGGAGAGGGCCGCCGCCUUCUCUGCCUCGCGCGCGAGCUGUGGUGCCCCGACUUAAUCAGUCCGCCUUCCCCCACCUCCUCUUCCUCCCCGCCCCCACCCGCAUGCACAUUCUCUGUCCCGGGUGGCCGCAGCAGCAGCAGCAGCUCCUCGGGGCUCAGUGUCCUUGUGCGGAAAUGACACACGGUCCCGUCACGUCACGCGAGAGCGCAGCGCGCGGACCCCCUCUCUCUCGCGCACACGGACACACACGCACAUACACAAAGAGCUAAGUGGGAGGGGAAGACACGGGAGCCAGCCACGGCCGCGCUUAUAAAACACCCACCCAAGACCAAGGGGGGCCCUCACCCUCUUUUCCCCACAGUGCCUAAGAAGGACCCAGGUAAGCCCCUUCCCAACUUUCUCUAGAUAGGAAAACCAGCUUACCCCCCAACCCCCCCUCCCCAAGGUAGGUGUGUGCGUGUGUGCCAACUCCCUCCCCACAGUUCUACUUUCGGCCUCGGGAGGAGGAACACGGUCCUUCCUCAGCCUCCCCGGCCCCCUCCCCCUCGGGGAGAACUAUGGCUGUGUUCCUCGCGCGGGAGAACGGCCAGGCAGCGCGGGCGCCUCCAUCUCCAGCGCGGGAGCUGGGUGUUAUAUUGUGCCCCCCGUUUCCAGCUGCCACAUAGACCAGCUCUCGAGAACGGCGGCGGCGAGGGCGCGGGGACGGGGUGGGUGGGGGGUGGGAAGCAUUCCGGAAGCUGCCGUCGCGAGCCGCGGGGCACGCUACCAAAAAGAGGGUUGGCCCAAGAAGCGCUUCGGUGAGCGGGCAGCCUGGCCAGCCGGCUCUCCCCUUUCCCCAGCUGCUUCUCGAGGCGCGCACACGCACCGCCGGCUCCUGUUGCCUGGAAACCUGGCUCCCUGCUCGGCAACGGAACCCGCUUUCGCGACCAGCCGCGAGGCCUAUCCUCCCAGCGCCCGCCGCUGCCGGCCCUUCCCUCAGUGGAAUUUGGGCUCCGCUUCGUGCUAAGGCUGGCGAGGCAAAGGGAGGCGGGGGUGAUAAUUGAAGCGUCCUCUCCCCCGGACCCCCCCCCCCCGCCGCCUUCUUAUUCCAUUCGAUCGGGGGAAGGGGGUGCUCACGUGACCCCGCGACUCGCGAGCGCUGCCUCGCGCGUUUCAAAGCCGGGAGGGGGCGUUGCGAGUUCCCGCGCGCCUGGUGCGAUCCUGGUCUUAUUGGCCAGUUUCCAGGCAUGGCUUCUGCAUGACUGCAGGAAUGGCAACACCUUCCUCCUGCUGCUGCCCUGGGUUGUUAGGGAGGGGCUCGUAGUUCUCUUCCUCCAGGCGGCACUUUCUCUUCUCUAGGCAACAUCCAAAUACAAAAGUCCUUCUUGCAAAAAAAAAAGAAUACUACUCAUCCUGCUCUUGGGGAAAAGUUCUGGAGUUUGGAGAGGAAGGCACCCAGCAACAGUCCUGUCCUCCUGCUUGGGAGCAACCUCCGCUUGCCAUCCACAUACUUGUUCUCUCUGGGUGGAGCCAUAGUAGGGAAUGGCGGUAUUUGGGUGAUGCUGGCCAGAGAGAAAGUGUGUGCAAGGAAGUGGCUUACAGCUAUAGACUGGCCAGGCAGUGGUCACAGGUAGAGACAGGGCUCUUUGGAGCACUGCUGUGUGGAUUGGACAUCACCAUGCUGCUCAGAGAAAGAGAACAUGCAGGGAAACAAAGUAGGAGUGGUUGCUGCUUGCAAUAGUAGCUGCCAUCUCUGUCUUUUUGCUUUCAUCUUCUGGGCAGCACAUCAGAGAGGAUUUGGUUGAAUAUCAGUUGCCACUACAGUACCUGGUCAAUCCUGUUGGGCUCACCCACCAGCAACUAUCUGAUGGUGCCAGUCUUGAUGUUGUUACAACCAUAUCGUAAAUUCAAAUUAACACACACCUUACAAUGUUGAGCUCAUGUGCUUAGUAUUUGGUGAUCAUUUAUAAAGCAAAAGAUGCUACUGUCCUGUAAGUUAGGGCAACCUAAUUCCCAUAUAUAAUGUAAAGCUAGGCUAGGAGAUGGUGAUUUGCAAAAACUACAUUAAUUUAUGGUAGUGGUGUGUCUUCAUUGCUUUCCUAUAUCAGUAUUUUACUAUCUGCUAGAUCACAUUGGCUCUUAUUUUGCUGCAUAAUAAAAUAAAAACCUUUUCCCGCAAAGUAGCUAAACUCUUACAAAUAAUUUGGGUAGUCACUGUUGCAUUGUAAUCCUACAGUAAGGCAACAAUGUGACAGUGCUGACAAUUGUCUUUGGCAGCCAGAAGUCAGGGAAGGAUCCAUGGCCAUUUUAAGGCUACCUCACAUAGUUAGGUUAUAAUGGUAAGUUGGUUUGUGCAGUUACUCUUACUGGAUGUAGAGGCACCAAACUGACUGUGAGUCUCAUGUAUCCUGAUAAUAAAAUAUAGAUUACAAAUAUUUUUGUCUAGUUUCCUAGCAUGGUACUCAGAUUGAAUGCGUAUUUAAAGGGGAAAAAUACAUUAUAUAAUCUCAUUGAUCUUUAAAUAUCCAGCUCAGAAUUGUUCUUGCAGUUAAAAAAAAAAGGACAUAUGUAAAGGUUGUCUAUGUAGAAAUAAGUACACCCCCACCUUGAGAAAUCUGCUACUACAGCCACAAUUUAUUAAGUGUGAUAUGGAGGUUAGAAAACAAGGAAUUGAAUUUCUCAAUAAAUCUCAGUAAUAGCUUUGGACUGGUCUGUUUGCCGUAGUAGAAUUUGUCUUUCUAAGUGGCCAGACACUAAUGUAGAACUGCAUAUACUUUUACUGUGUAAACAAGACAGCCCUAUGGAGGGAAUUUCAACUUAACGUGGGGCAUGAGAUCCAUUGAAUUCAGUGGGGCAACCUUCUGAGCAGCCAUGAUAGGAUCAAGCUGAAAGCCACCUAACUUUAUAAGACAGUAGUGGACUUUAUAAUCACAGUGGGGCUAUGAUGCUGGCCUGGCCUCACUCUGGAACAGAUAGGUGGUGAGGUUGUGAAAACAUGCUAGCAGGAGCACUAGAUUGGUUCUGCCAACACAUCUGUACCAGCAUGACCUCACUGCUGUUGUGCUGCUGUCCCUCUCCAUCCUGGUACGCAGCAGCGACUUAGCCAGAGGGAGGCUAGGUGAGUGGUGCAGCGUCUCUAUGCCACCCACUAAUACUGUAAGAGAAAUGAGUGGGGUAAUGACCUAAGUAGGUAGUAGCUGCCACAAGUGUACCAUGGAUACAGCACUGUUCUAAACCAUACUUCUUGCAUAUUUCGCCUGCACUCCCACUUUAAAUCAGAAUAGAACAAAAGAAUCCAGGAUGGGGUUGACUGGCCACAGUCUGGAUCUCACUGUCGCUUGUGCCUGUUCUGACGGAACACAAAAAAGCCAACUUAAGGGGGGGGGAGGAAGAAAGAAACUGGCCAUAUAUAUGAGCUCACAUGAACAUCACACAUUCCCAUUGGGUUACUUCUGUGAAUAGAAAAAUAGAAACGUCUCUGUUUCUGUUGGCAGAAAAAGUGUAGAUCAGGUUUUUGGACCACUGGGCACUAAGACCAUGCUGUGGGAACCAGUAAUGCCAUGGGAGCAUGGUAUAACAUGGCAUAACACAAAAUUGGAGAAUAUGGUCCUUGCUGCUACCCACCCACCACCAUACCACCUCAGGCAUACCACAUGGGCAGUUAUGUCUUGCUGGUCCUUACUGUGGAGAUAACACAAUACUUCAAACACACACAGAUGCUGUCACUAUCUCUUCAUGUUUAUGAAUAGGAGAAGGCCUCACAGUUAGGGGUUUAUGAUGUCACAGGGAAAAUCUGAUAUUGCUAGUUGGCUGUUGAGCAGACAUUUUUUAUUUCAAGAUCUACCUUUUGAGAAAGAGAAACAAUUCAGGAGACAAGUGUAUUAAUCAAAGUGACAUUAAUCCUAAUGUGUUUCUUGCAAUUACCUCUUCAUCAGGGUACUUGCAUCUGUUGCAGUUUAAAUGAGUAGCUCUAAAAGGAGCCUACAGUGUUGGGGUUAGAAGGCUAGUGACUCUUUUCAGAGUUAGUCACACAAAUAAUUGAAAUAGGUAUGAGCUAGUCCUUUUUCUGACAUUUCCCUAAUGAAGAGCUAAUUGCUCAAAAUGAGUUGGAAUUUAAGCCACUUGCAUUAAAUGGUCUCCAGCAGCUAUUUGAUGUUUUGUUAGUUUCUGCUGUUGGUGUUAACCCAUUUGGUGUGCUCUUCAAAGAGAACAGCUACUUUAGAAGCCAACAUAGAAUCCAAUAACAAUCUAAUGACUCUGAUUUGAUUUUUUAAUUAAAAAGUGUGCCAUAAAUUGCCUUAAUAAAGAAUAAUUAUUAUUAGUAAUUACUUUAAUUACUAACUUUGUCAAGUUAUUGCCAUUAUAAUUAAAGCUUCAUUUCAUACUUAACUGUAAAGUAAUUUUCAGUGUGUUAGUAUUUAUUGGUCCUGAAAGCUUAAAAACUUAAGAUGAGCAUUUUUUGUACCAAUCAUUUUUAGGGUUUCAAUCCUAUACACCCCUACCUGGUUUGAGCAUAAGACUUCUUGAACACAGUGAGACUUACUUCCAAAUGCAUAAGAUUGUUCUGUGAAAUGCUGAAAUCAACUUUUUUAAUGGAAAAUGAUUUCAGGCUUAGGUGCUCAAAGAAAAAAAUAAGAACUGGUUUUGCAUGGCGAGGUUGAUACUUAUGUCUGAGUCAACCAAUGUUUUGGUUUUUAGAACAAAUCAUUAGUAGCUCAGAGCAAAUACUAUGGGUUGUAUCCAGAGUUGCCUGAGUUGGGCUGUGCUCACAGAAAGGGUACUUUCAGAUCUCUGAUCUCCAUGCCUCUACCCCAACAAAAUCUCUUGAGUUUGGGAUACCACACAUGUGAGGUAGUUUUGGGAAUCUACUGAAGAAGGGAGAAUUGUUGUCAAUCACCUCUCUACACUCUCCCUCCCAACUUUAGCUUAUGGAAGCUCUCAUGAAUCCCAGCCCCUUCUUCAAAUGGAGAGGUUCUGCUGGGUUCAGUACCGUGUAUAUUAAAAAUAUCUAUGUCGUCAUGACAUAGUAAACAUGUUCUACAUCUCUUUUGCUGAUCUAUGAUCCCUUAUUCCAUUAUAACCUCUGUCUUCAUUCAGAUUUUGAUGAAGUUCCAUAAUGGUUCCCUGCAUUCUUAAAAAAAACCCCAGUGUAAAUCCUUAUUCCAUAGCUGGCAAUGGUGACUCUUGUUCAUCAAGAAGCAAGAGCUGAAGCUACCUCUGCGUGCAACAUCACAUUUAAACCUGUCUCCCCAUUAUGCUUUUUUAAAGACUAGCUUGCCAAAAUUUAUAGAUCUUCUAUUUACUAUAUUGUAAAUUUAAUUUUUUAUUAUUUAUUGCUUUAUUUAUUUAUUGUUGCAAACUGCCUUAGGACCCUAGGAUGAAGGGAGCCAUAUAAAUUUUAUAAAUAAAUAGUCAGCAAUGUUCCUCACACUAAGAUAAAUGGGGGCAGCUUUUGUAUGCAAACUUUUUGAGUGCAUUCUGAAUAUAAACCAGAAAAGCUGGAUUUGGGCAGAUGGCUUUACAGUACACAUGACUUGUCUCUCCUAAGCUGUAUAGGCUUUUUACUUAUUUCUUUAUCUCUAUUAUUGUAGAGUACGGAAUAUGAAUUCAGAUGAAUUGUUUGAUGAUGAAGAAAAUGCUGAAGGUAAUGUUAUUCCUUUUAAUCUACUUUCUCAUUAGAUCAAAAUACUUUUGAAUAUAGUCCAUACCAAAAUUACAUUUUUAUAACAAAGACUGUAACAAAUGAAAAAAUCUUAUCACACAUUGCUUUCCACUAAUUUCCUUCUGCCUGUUUUGUCCGCUUCUCUGGCUUGUUCUUUACACUGUAAUUCCGUUGAAGCUAUAUAACUCUUUCAUUCCGAAUGCAGUGAAACUAGGUUUACUGUAUUUAAUAACAAGAGAAGGUGGGGUGACUGUUUAAGCUAUAGUAGAGGUGAGGAACUGGAUCUGCCACACCAACCCUCAUGGUCACACUGACAAGUUGGUGGCUGUCAAUCACUUUAUGUCAUCAUGGUGUUAAAUGAAGCAAUUUCCCCAUUUCAAAUCUGUAGGCUAAGGAAGGUUUUCCCUGUGGAGCUUGCUAUAAGUUCCAUUUAGCGUAGGCAUCCCCAACCCGCGGCCCUCCAGAUGUUUUGGCCUACAACUCCCAUGAUCCCUAGCUAACAGGACCAGUGGUCAGGGAUGAUGGGAAUUGUAGUCCAAAACAUCUGGAGGGCUAAAGUUUGGGGGUGCCUGAUUUAGCGCUUACAGCAACCUUUGUUUUGGGCAAAGACCAGCUGCACUAUGGAGUUAUCAAUGAGGAACUCCUUAAUGCAGGCAGUCCCUGAAAACAAUAAUCCCAGCCUCAUAUGGCAAGAAAUAAUCAGGAGAGCACCUUAGGGGCUCCCAAAUGUUCCUUUGCAGCCGUGUCUUUACCUGCCCCACCUCUGAUGUCAUAUAUGAGUCAAGUGUGGGACAGAUCAAUGUGGUUUGGGGGAAAUGUCCUCAUGUGUCAAAUUAGGACUCCAUUGGGACUAAUUUGACCCAUGGUCCAGAGGUGUCCCAUUGUUGAAUCCAGAAUAGCUACCUAUAUAUAAUUCAGAUCCAGUCAAUGACCAACUGGUACUAUUUUUCUCUUUCAUCAGUUAUUAUCAAAAAUAUUAUGAAAGUAGAAACAGACAAAGAAGAUGAAGUCCUAGAUUGCUCCAUAAUAUCAAGACCUGAAAAAAACACGCUGGAUGGUUUAGUGACUUCUCUGCAAGACACCAAUAAACGAAAACGGACCUUGUUUGGUUGUGAUAGCUCAGGAAGCCACCAAGAAAUUCUACCAAGUCUGAAAAAAAGAGGCCUUACACAAGAGGUGAUUCCUUUACAUAUGGAUAUUAACAGCAUCUUGCUUAGACUUGUAGUUAACCAUUUCAGAUUGACAAGCAGUUCAAUGAAUUCAGUCAAACCAGUUAAUCUUUGUUCUGAAAUAUUAAAUACUCAUUUGGGUGUUUUAUUUUAUGGAAAUUGUAGGCUGCAACAAAGCAAAGAAGCACACUAUUUAGUAAAAAACAAAUAAAGAGAAAACAUGCAUCCUAGAGAUCAAUAGAUUUUCUGAGGAACAAGGCAGUGGCUGUUUUUUAAAGAGCAAAAUUCAACAGAUGUGUGAAUUCAGCUGAGGAAAUGGUGAAUUUGACAUUGCAUGUAAAAACUCAUGACUUAUUGAUGUUGCAACCAAUUUCAUAUUUUUUUCUUGCUACUGAUGAAUAUGGUUUCUUGUCUGGAUUUCAUCUAAAAUAGUCUACAUAAACAUUUGCACUUCAGUCCAGCAAGGUUAAGCCAGAACCCAAACAGCUAUUUCUGAGCUGUUUCCUAGGUGAUAUUUUGUACUUUCACUGAUUCCCCCUGCUUGUAGCCCCUUCUGUUCCCCAAGAAUUGCUCUGGAGAGUUGGAGAGCCUUUUAGAACAGUGUGGUGGGGAGCCUACGAGGGGGGGGGUGCUGAGGGAAAAUUGGCUCCCCUUCCACCAGAAACCUGUGAACUAAAAAAACAAUUCCAUUCCGUAGAUUGCAUGCUUAGGGUUUAAGUUAUUUCUGUUUUGCUUCUUAGGGCCAAGCCCUCACAAGGUGGCUUACAAAGUGAGAUCAUAACUCAAAGCUGAGGUUUUUCAUUUUUUUAAGAUGGAGUAGUCAAUUCUUGCCUAUUUGCCUUGAUAGUAUUUGAAUAUGUAUAUUUUGCCUUUUACUAAUUAGUAUUUCUACAGCAAGCUGUGAAAAAAUAUUUCUGAUUUUUAAAGUGUAAAUUCUUUCAUUUUUUAAUUCUAGUAUUGAAAUUUAUGUUGCUGUUGCUGCUGCAAAGCAAAAUAUGUUUGCAAAAUAUCCACCUUAUAGUGAAUUAAUGAAGACACCCAAAUCAUGUGAACUGCUGGUAUAAAAUAGUGCCUGAAAUGUUUUCUUUUGUGAUCUCUUCCAAAUGUAAACACUUUAUAAGCUACAGCUCUUUUGGCAUUGCUUCCAUUUGCAUAUAAAUGGAAGAUGCGGGUGGCACUGUGGGUUAAACCACAGAGCCUAGGGCUUGAUGAUCAGAAGGUCAGCGGUUUGAAUCCCCGCGAUGGGGUGAGCUCCCGUUGCUCGGUCCCUGCUCCUGCCAAUCUAGCAGUUCAAAAGCACAUCAAAGUGCAAGUAGAUAAAUAGGUACCGCUCCGGAGCGAAGGUAAACGGCGUUUCUGUGCGCUGCUCUGGUUAGCCAGAAGCGGCUUAGUCAUGCUGGCCACAUGACCCGGAAGCUGUAUGCCAGCUCCCUCGGCCAAUAAAGCGAGAUGAGCGCCGCAACCCCAGAGUCGUCCGCGACUGGACCCAGUGGUCAGGGGUCCCUCUACCUUUUACCACUUGCAUUAUCAGAAAAUAUUUUACAUAAUUUAGCACACACAUUCUCUUACAACAGUUUUCUUCCUUCAGAUGUGCCUAGUGGAAAGUGAGUAGGCUGUGAAAGGUUCCCAAUCUGGGCAUCGCAAGGUUUUCAGUCUGGGUGUUGUUAGUUAAAUACAGUACUGUUGCUUGGAUCUUAACUAUGCCUUUCACAGAUUGAUGGUUUUAGAUGUAGUGGAGGAUCUCUUUGGCAGAAGGGGUAGUCAGUUCCCCUGAUUUCACACUGCCCCUGCAGUCUUCCACUGGUCCAGACAGGGAGCAUAAGAGUCUACAGAGGGAAUGAGGAAUCAGUGAAAGAUGACCCUCCCUCCUGUUGACAGGAACAAACUUGGAAUCCAGGCCAGUGAGUUUGAUGUAGGGGAUCCUUAUGCAUAUAUGAGCUGCAAUAUUCUCAGAACUCUGAUGUUAAGGAAAGGCUAUUGAUUUGAGUAUUUUAGGCAGCUCCUAGACAUGAAAGUUUGGAUCCUAAUAAAUACACAGGGAAAGUUUCCCAUCCCCUCCAACUCCUCCAUCCCCUUUCCAACCCAUAGCGUAGGUGGAAGCAACUAACAUAGUCUGGAUCCAACCCUAUGGCAGCAUUGUGUUAAAUUAAUUUAGUGUUUAAAAUUAAGAAAAUCAUGUUUUAUAAUUUAUUCAUUAAGGAUAAAUAAGUAACUAAUUUGAAUACUGUUACAUUUGUUUAUUGAAAGGGCCUUCUUUCAAACUUGAUGCACAGAGAUGGAUCACCUACUCAGGAAGAUGUGGAACAGCUAAACAAGAGCAAGAAUCCUAGCAUAACGUGGCUCGGUGAAGAAGAAGCCUUAAAUAACACAAUCAUGCCAUCAUAUAAGAAACCUCUGUAUGGGAUCUCACACAAAAUUACAGAGAAGAAAAGUCUGCCAGGAACAGAGCAGUUCACUUCCUAUGAGUUGUUUGAAAAGGUUAAUCCUAGCAGUCCUUCCAAUCUUCGGACAUUGAAUGAGCAACGUAAAAGAGAUAUGAGUGCUAUCACACCUGUUGCUUCUGAGUCCGACCCAAAUAUAUAUUCUUUGAUACAAAAAAUGUUUUACACACUUAAUACCUUAAAUUCCAACAUGACUCAGCUUCACAGCAAAGUAGACUUGUUAUCACUAGAAGUCAGUCGAAUUAAAAAGCAUGUCAGCCCCACAGAUGCUGUAGCAGAAUUCAGGCCACCACCUGAGUACCAGCUGACUGCCUCAGAACUCAAACAGAUCAUGGAUCAGAGUACAUCAGGUGGAGAUUUGGCUUGCCGACUACUGGUACAGCUUUUUCCAGAGCUCUUCAGUGAGGAUGAGUUAAGCAGGACCUGCAGUACCUGUGGCUAUCUUAACAAAAAGAAACUUGAGUCCCUUCAUCUACAGCUCAUCCGAAAUUAUGUAGAAGUCUGUUAUCCUUCUGUGAAGAAUCCUGCGGUUUGGCAGGCAGAGUGUUUGCCUCAGGUCAAUGACUUUUUCAGUAGCUUUUGGGCACAGAGAGACAUGGAAAAUAGUCAGCCAGACAUACAGUCCUCCAGUUUUUAUGAGACUGAUCAAGUUAUUGAUGAUAAGGAGGAGGAUGAAGCUCUGCCCAUGGACAGGAGUAGUUCCAUUGCCUCUGAAUGGGUAUUUGAUGCUCAGGAUAUAAAUGAAUUUUUAGAUGAAGCUUCCUCUCCUGGAGAGUUUUGUGUCUUUUUAUUACAUAGAUUGUUUCCAGAACUCUUUGAUCACAGAAAGUUGGCCGAGAGAUAUAGUUGUUAUGGAGAAUGUGGAAAACAAGAGCUUGACCCACAGCGACUUCAGGUAAUUCGCAGGUACACAGAGAUUUAUUUUCCUGCUAUGCAGGAGAGAAAGGCCUGGUUGCAGCAUUGUGUCCAGCGAAUAAAUGAUGAACUUGAAAGCAUGUAUAUGGAUGACAGUGAGAGUGAACAGAUGAGAGAGGAUUGCUAUGAUUCUUCUAGUUUGCCUGACGAUGUGUCUAUUAUAAAAGUGGAAGAUAAUUUUGAAUAUGAAAGGCCAGGCAGAAGGUCAAAAAAGAUUUGGCUUGUGCCUAUAGACUUUGAUAAGCUUGAUAUCCCUUCUCCUGAUUUUGAUGUCCCUAUUCCAGACUACCUGUUAAGCAAGGAGCAGCUUAAGAACAUAUAUGAGAGCAGUUUGUCAAUUGGCAAUUUUGCUUCUCGAUUGCUAGUUCAUUUAUUCCCUGAACUGUUUACCCAUGAAAACUUAAGGAAGCAAUAUAAUUGUAGUGGAUCACUGGGUAAGAAACAACUUGAUCCUGUUAGGAUUAAAUUAAUUCGACAUUAUGUGCAAAUGCUAUAUCCGAGAGCGAAGAAUGAUCGAGUAUGGACAUUGGAAUUUGUUGGAAAACUCGAUGAAAGAUGUCGUCGAAGAGAUACAGAGCAAAGACGCACAUACCAACUGCAGCGAAAGGUCCAUGUGCCAGGACCUGAAAGGAGAGAAUUUUUGACCUAUGCAAUAAACCCGGAAAGAUUUAAAGAAGAAUUUGAAGGACCGCCAUUGCCUCCGGAAAGAAGCAACAAAGAUUUUUGCAAGAUACCACUUGAGGAACUUGUUGUUCCUCCUCCAGACUUUCCUGUGCCUUCUCUGUAUCUGCUGUCUGACAAGGAAGUAAGAGAAAUAGUACAGCAGAGCCUUUCAGUUGGUAACUUUGCUGCCAGACUUCUUGUAAGACUUUUUCCAGAGCUGUUUACUUCAGAUAACCUCAGACUGCAAUACAACCAUUCAGGGGCUUGUAACAAAAAGCAGCUCGAUCCUGUCAGACUGAGACUAAUCCGUCAUUAUGUUGAAGCUGUUUAUCCUGUUGAGAAAAUGGAUGAAGUGUGGCAUUAUGAAUGUAUACCAAGCAUUGAUGAAAGAUGCAGACGUCCCAAUAGAAAAAAGUGUGAUAUACUGAAAAAAGCCAAGAAAGCAAAAAAGUGAUGGGAUCUUUUUAGUUUCCAAAGAUGUUGACCACUAAGUUAUUUAGAAGCAGACUGAAACAUCAGUCAGCCUGCUUUAGACUAAUACUCAGAAUAUUCACUCAGCAUUAGGGCAACUGAUAAGAAAAAUGUUGCUCUAACACAUACGGGAAAGGGCAAUACAGUGAGGAUGGGGAAAAGGGGUGUAGGACAAUCCAGUGGGAAUGUCACUUAGAAGAACCUAUUGAAAUGAAUGCAUAUUGUGGGAAAAGAUGUAACUCCAUUUCAGGAUGCCUGUAUGUAGGCUGGGUUUCUGAUAGUGCCCUUGCUACCUACCUGAAUUGGUACACAGCAAAUAAUCAUAAAUUAUUACAGAUGUUCCAGUAGCAUCUCAUUUAAAUAUAAUCAUCAGUGAAAAUAAAUUAUAUAGUUUUAAAUUUUUUAAUUGAUUUUUUAGCAGUGAGUAGUCUCGUGCUCUUUAAAACAGUUUCUGUAGGUACCUUUAAUCAGUCAUUUGGAAACUAAUUUUUUAAUUUUUCAAAGCUGUAGUUUUCGAAGUGCCAUUCUCUUUGAAAAAGAGUAGAGAAUCAAGACAGUCUCUGUACUAAUUACAGCUACUCCUUGUAUUAGUUUGAACAUUGGGAGAGUGAAGUACUACAAAAUCAAUGAACAGAAAAGUUACAAUUUUCUUUAAAGGUUUCCCAUUUUGUUGCUGAAUGGUUGUAAAAGUUAAGAUUAUGAUCAUGGCAUUAUUUAACAUGUGUUAAGAUCAUAGUACCAAUACUUCAGUUGUUAGUCAUCUAAGUUAUUCCAUUGUCCUCAGUGUGACUUCUUGGUAUAAAAGCUACUGGUAUAAGCAUAGGUUGUGAACUAGACUCUUACCCUGUAUCAGUAGAAUAUGGUGCUAUUACCUGUUAUUCUCACUACUUAUAUUUUAAAAAUACUUGAAUUGAGGAAUGUACAAAAACAUUUAAGCCCAUAUUAUUUUUGUUAGCAAAAUGAUUGCAGCCUUUGAAAAGUUCAAAAUAUUAAAUAUUAUAUGUAUCUAUAUAUUUGAUUAUUUGCACUUCUAUAUAGCAAGGGCCCUCUUCAUUGUAUGUUGAUUUUAUAUUUAUAACUUCAAGUACAGUGUCACCCAGAGGAUUUCAAUAUCAUGGAGACUGUGAACUUUUCCUUAAUCAUUGUAACUAAUAAUUAACUUGAAACCUCUUUGUUUUUGAAUUUACUGGAGUUUAGGUAAACACUAAUGGAUUGUAUGCUUCGAUUCAGUAUGCCCAAACACCAGUGAAAUGUCAGCCUUUCUCCCUUUUCCUGGAGGGCUACAUCACACCAAAGCUUUGUUUUACUCUUUCUUUGGCAGUUGUAACAGAGAUAAAUAAAAUCAUCAGGGUUUUUUUAUUUAGAGGCACUGGGCAGCUUGGAUCCAGAUGAAGUUAACUGCACUUUAGUCCCAUUUGCUUAAAUAAAUGGGACUAAACCAUGGCUGACUUCUCUGGAUGAAACCCACUGGAUUUCUAAAAUGCUCAUGGAGCUUUCCAGCAUUUAGUUCAACUAAUCCCUGUCUGUGGAUCUGCUGUCUCCUUGAAUAGGGCAGACUGCAUACAUAAUAGCUCCAUGUGCACAUUCGUUACGCAAUGAGCUCUGGACUCAGAUGCUUGUCUGAUGCAGUGACAAUGAUCAUUUAAUACCACUUAUUUCUGGUUUAGCACAUUCAUUUGAUACUCUUGUGCGAUUAUUUAGAUCGUUAUAUAUCCAAAUAAAAAUUUAUAUUGUAGCAACCGAAUUAAAUUUGAUACAUUAAAGCAGCUUUUAAGAAUAUAUUUCUCCCACA